GAGUGGGGAGGGAGGGGCUGGAUCGGAAUCCUGAGGAGCCAAGGACUAGGAUGAGGCCACAUACUUGCGGAAGCGGCCCGCAGAAUUGCGCUUCCUCGAGCAAGGCGGAUACUCAUUGCCCUACGGGCGCGGCCCUGACUUCGAUCAUCCGCCCACCUACAAUGUAGCAAUGCUGUCGUGAUGUCUGUACAUGCCAUCAUCCUACCAACCCCUAUCUUGGAUAGUGUGUCACUCCCAUCGACCGUCGCCAUGCGCAUCCUUCCAUCAGUAGCACGUCGCACGCGUACCUCGUUGCGCCGCUUACUGGCUUCCUAUAUGCGCCCACGACGCAUGUUGCUCUUGUGUCUUGCACUAAUGCUGGUGCACUAUGGAUUGUAUCGAUGGCUGCACGCUCGUUAUCAGCUCGUAUCAAGCAUUCUACACGCCACUAGUACCGCUCCUACAUCCGAGACAGCUGGCAGUGCGUCAAACCUGGCCGAUACAGCCGCGAAAUCAUCGGUCUCACCAGCUCCUUUCAGCUCCUUGUCCAGCUUCUGGACCUCUCUUCCUGCCUUGCAACACCGCACCUCCGGAGGCUUCCUCAAGGAGAGUGUCUUUGCCUUCCAAGGGGGAGUCGUCACCACCCCCGCAGACUCCUUUUUCGAGGAAGAGCGCGAGCGUGAGGCGCGACGCUUCUGGGCCGGAUUGAGGAGGACAAUGUGGUAUCUGCGUGCGGCGGAGCUAGUAGCGACUGGAAUGUGGGGAUUGGGGGUGGUAGGCAUCUGCCUUCCCCUCGUCUCCUACGGAUCUUACACGCCCACGCGAGCCUCACUCUGUACUCUUCGGUAUGCCUCAGCUUCCUCUUGCUGCUCCUGCUGACCAUCGAUCCAGUGCGAGAGGGAUCCUGUGCCCUGCUUCUCGCUUCGGAGGCCUUCCAGUCACAGCUGGAUUCUUGGUCUUCAAGCAGGACACAGUCAAUUGUC